UAAACUUUCUUCCACUGAGCAAACCUCUCCGACUACCGCGAACGUAAGCUUUUUGACCUAUGAAGGAUCCGUAAAAUCUCGCGAUACGCCCCUCUCGCUGGAAAGCUGUCAUGGCUGCGCCUAUAUAGACCCCGGGGUUCUGACCUCAGCGGUUCUUCUUGUCCCAGUCCCUAUUCUUAAAGUCCGGGUUUGCCGUUGCUAAAUCUUCAUGUUAAAAAGGAUCCGUCAACGUUAAAACUUUUUCAUUGAAGGCAUCUCCAAAGCAAUGGAAAACAACGGCAUUUCUUCUCUUUCACUCCUUCUUGAAGUGGUAUUGCAUCGGAGACUACUUCAAAGUGAUUGAAAGUGUUUGAGUGGCUAGCACAAUGAAUAACAGAGCAGGUGCCAUUUUAUGGAACCUCAGACAAUUCAGUACUUUAGUUCCUACAAGCAGAACGAUAAGGCUGUAUCCUUUGGGAUUUUCCAGACCAAAAGUUGUUUAUUCAAACUGGAACCCAAGAAACCUUCUUUUAAGUGACUUUGGUAAUGGAGUGCAGUCGUCUGUUAGACAUCUAUUUCAGGAUGCCUUAAUUUUUAAAUCAGGAGAUAAUUUUCAAACGAAGGGAGUAAGCACUGAAACAGACCUUACAGUCGACGGACUGCUUUGUCCUAGAAGACUGUCAUUUGAUUCAAAACACUCUCUUGACCCUGAUAAUGCAUUGAAGAAGGCAGCAUUUCAUCAUAAGGCCUCCAGUGAAGAUGUGCUCACCAAGGAAACAAAACCAACCGCUGUCAACAAUAAAAAACUGUCUGAGGAGUGUAGUUCUUUGAGUGACGUGUUAGAUAAAUUUUCAGAACGACCUACAUUUCCCAGUAGUAACUAUUUUUCAGCAAUGUGGAUAAUUGCUAAACGGAUGUCUGAUGACCAGAAGCGUGUUGAAAAGCAACUAAUGUUUAACCACCCUGCAUUUAAUCAGCUGUGUGAACAAAUGAUGAGAGAAUCCAAGAUCAUGCACUAUGACCACCUGCUGUUCAGUCUUCAUGCUAUGGUGAAGCUUGGAAUUCCUCAGAACACUCUGCUAGUACAGACUUUGCUGAGAGUGGUCCAGGAACGUAUCAAUGAGUGUGAUGAGAAAUGUCUUUCAGUCUUGUCAGCUAUUUUAGAGGCAAUGGAGCCAUGUAAGAAUGUGGACGUUCUUCGAGCAGGUUUACGGAUACUAGCUGAUCAGCAAGUCUGGAAAAUAGAACGUGUCUUUACAUUACAAGCUCUGAUAAGAUGUGUUGGAAAAGAUGCACCAAUUGCUCUUAAAAGGAAACUGGAGAUGAAAGCCUUGAGAGAAUUAGACAGAUUUUCUGAUUUGAAUAGCCAGCACAUGUUUGAAGCGUUAGCUGCCAUGAAUCACCGUUCUGUUGUUCUCCUGGAUGAAUGCAGUAAGAUGGUCAUAGGUAAUAUCCAUGGGUGUCCUUUUAAAGUACUCAUCAACAUAUUGCAGUCUUGCAGAGACCUCCGGUACCAUAAUUUAGAUCUUUUUAAGGGAAUAGCAAAUUUUGUGGCUACGACUAUUGACAUCUGGAAGUUAAAGCAAGUUAUCUUUCUCCUCAUUUCAUUUGAAAACCUUGGCUUUCGACAUACCGAUCUGAUGGACGUGUUCAUGAAGAAAGUGAUAGCUGAUCCUGCGUCUUUAAACAUGAAAAGCAUUAUCAGUAUUCUUCAUGUGUAUUCUUCUCUCAAUCACUUCUACAAAUGCCAGACCUCAGAGUUCCAAGAAGUUAUGGCUAAUUCUCUGACUGGUUAUCUUCACAACAUCUCUUCUGAAAAUCUAUUGAAUGCUGUGUGUUCAUUUUGCUUGAUGAACCAUUUCCCCAUGGCCCUUAUUAAUCCACUUCUCCAAAAGGAUGUCAUCAAGGAGCUGCUGAUACCAGGUGACGAGAGCAAUGCUCACAAGCUUCGUAUUUUGGCUGCUUGCCUAAAACUGGAUGUUCCUUGUCACAAGGCCAUAGACUUCGACCUGCCACCACGGUCAUCCACGACAGUAUAUCAAAAUGUGAAGGUGGCAGACGCACUAAGUAGCCUUCUGGGAGAAGGAUACUUCUCAAAAGACAUACAGUUGCCACACAAUUAUCAUAUCGAUUUUGAAGUCAGGAUGGAUAUUAACAGGAGUCAAGUGCUUCCAUUUUCCGACGCGGUAACUUCUGCAGAUAUUCAAAGAGUAGCUGUACUGUGUGUUCCUAGAUCUACUUACUGUUUGGAUUUAGCCCAUCCCAGAGGAUUCCUUGCUAUGAAAUUGCGACAUUUGAAAAUAAUGGGUUUUCACAUAAUCUUGGUCCAUAAUUGGGAGGUGGAAAGGCUGGAGAAGAAGGAUGUAAUCACAUUUUUGAAGACCAAACUCUACUCAACUGAAGCCUUUCUUACUGCUGAUGUAAAUCUGCAAAGCACGUGUUAAAGUCAAAGCAGCCUUUUCGUAGUAGCAGACAUAAGUUUGUAAAAGAAUUUUAAUAAAGACUACAAUUCAGUUGUCAAUGGAAUUCACCUGACUGCUCAACAUAGCAGAACGGGACACUUCAGUUCACCAUUAAAAUCAGUUUUAAGAGUGGAA